GUUGAAUUUCAACCGCUUCCACAUCUUACGUUCGACUUCAGUCUGGGAAGAGGCAAGAAGAGAUGUCUUCAAAUAUUCUCAAAAGGAAGGCAUCUCAUAGUCCUCCCAAUUCACCAAAAAAUUUGGCUGAUACAAACGGAAAUGUCAGUGAGCAAAUAAUGCUGGAUGCAGAAGAAGAGACUUCAGAUGCCCUUCAUCCCGAAGUUGGAAAAGGUUCUCCGAGGGUGUCCAUAGACAACGGUGUGGGCAACCGUCCGCAAUCUCCUCAAACAGAGUAUUCGCUACCGUCACCUUUAAGCGAUGCGUCAGGUCGUCGAAGCUCAGCCGGCUACUCCCAAAAUGAAGGUCCUGAGAUGCUCUGGGAGCGCAAGAUCUCUAUACUUCUCGUCAUGGGACCCAAACCCGAAAAGGGACCUCAUAAUUCAUGGCAUGCCCACGAAAAUCGUCUCGGAGUUGAGUGGGAGGACAUGCGCUGCUCUCCUCAACUUUCGGCGGACCUUCUCAGUGACGAGAAUUGUCGUGGUUUCAUUUAUCCGCUCAGAUUGGCCCCCGGGGAACCACCGGUUUUGGCAACUGGGCAGAAAUGGGGCCAAUGGUACGCGCAUUACAUGACGCUACUGGUUACUCGCUUCCCAGAUACACCCUUCGUCUCUGUUACGAGAUGUAGUAUCGAAUCGUUCAUCGACAAAGUCUGCUCUCCAUCUGAACUUGAGAAACUCGACCACUAUACUUGCAUUAUAGCGCGUCUAACCGAUCCCUCAAGCGAUGAUCUGUCAUCUAUCCCUUACCUCGCUUCUCCUACCCGUCUCACGACAUUUGUCUCAGGAAUGCGCCAGCUUUGCAAAAAGACUGCCGUCUUCCCUGAUAUUGAUGAGAUGGAAUACGCCGCCCAAAAAUUACGCGUCAUCGAGUGCCUCGACUCUAUCGCGCAAUCUGUGACCUCGACGCCACGUCCUAAGACUUCCGUAGCAGGAGGGAAAGUCCCGGGACAGAUAUACAAACGAGAAGGUUCGCACUGCGAACGGCAUGUUUUGCUACCGAAACAGAUACAGUCAUCAAAUUACCGUUCGGUAAUGAGGGAAGGCCAGCACCCUACGUACCGCUGGCUCCAGCAGGAUUUUGUUCCAUACAACAUCGAAUGGCGGGUAUUCCUUGUGAGAGUGUCCAAGAGGAAGGAGCUAGAUAACAGUUGGGUUGCCGAAACGCAAUACAGUCGGUGUCCUCUUUUUGAACUCGAGGAGCGACUAAGAGCGCAACCAGAGGAUGAGGAUGAGUUUCCAGACUUGACCGCUCACGACGAAGACGUAGCCCUGGCGGCGCUCGUCCAGCGAGAGACCGAGAUUCUAGGACACGUUCCGUCUAUCUCAAUGCUCUGUCGUCUCGAUAUCUCGGUAAUGCGACAACCGACGACCGGCAAAUUGCAAUACUGGAUUGUCAGUGUUGCUAGGGGUGCUAACGUCCCUAUCCACGGUAUCGAUGACAGCUUUGAUACUCUUGGGGUCAUCGCCGAUGAGUUGCGGACGCCUCCUUUCCCUACUUCCCAAGGAGAGAAAUCCCCCCCGCCUGCGGUACGAUCUCCACCAGUAGCCCAGAGGGUUAAGUACAUCCUGGUGGUACCAGGCCCACCCAACCCGUUCUCUCUAAAUGCUAAAGUCUGGGGUAACACGCAUACCAUCGUCAAUUCGAAUUCCUUAUGGGUGAAGGUCGAUUUACCUCGUACGGAUGUCCAGCUUCUAGUAACGCAUAAAGCCAUCAAAGGUUUCAUCCAUGAGAUUCCAUUAAGGGACCUCAAAGAUGGCGUUAAACCCAGAAGAGGGUAUUCGGGCGUCUGGAUACACCAGUUGGUGCUUUUAGGGUACUACUGGUCUCAUAGAAGCUCUACAGAUGUGACAUUCAUGUCGUGGACCGACUUUAUAGACAGAGUCAUCGCAGGGACCAUCAAAGCGGAUAUAAUUUGGGGCGGUGUAGAUCUGAGCAGUGCACUUGAUACGGUCCCUGGAAUCAAAGAACCCAGUCUUCUUCAUGCCGGACGAAAAUUUGACGUUAUCGGGGACCUCGAUAACAUCGCUCGGUACAACAUGGGAACUCCCCGACCAGAGACAGAUGUCCUUUCGCUGGAUGGUCACGACGACGACAUAGAUAUCAGAUCUUGGAUCUUCAAACGCGAAGGCAGUCAUAACUUUGCUCACGUCCAAGCGUGUGUAACACCUAGCCAGCUACCUGCACACCCCAAUUAUCGAUGGUUGAAGCAGCAGUAUGUCCGCUCACUGGAUCGCCAUGUCGAGUGGCAUGUCUUUAUGAUCAAAGGGAAGGUAAAAUGCGUGUUUUAUGUGAUGCCGAUGGACAAAGUCGGGUUGAGGGAGGUGCAUGGGAUCUCUCGAGAUGAAAAUUCAUACCGUUCUGUGUGGUUGAGAACGAAAGGCUGGGAUCUGGCAACGAUGAACACCUUCGCGCACAGAGGCAAACGCCAGCUUGUACAUAGGUCAGGCGGAACCCGAGCUUCACUAGAGCAAGCUGAUGCCGAGAUGAGGUUAUUUGCCGAAGGUACCCUAGCCGAACUGAUUCAGGUGGAGAAGCGGAGGUUCGAGGGGCAAACACUCUCGAUAGAGAAGUUUUGCCGGAUGGACUUGGGAAUCAUGAAGGAUGACAGCGGGCAGUUGCAAUACUUUGUGCAUGGGAUCAGGAGGGGCCCGUUUAUUGAGAUGUUUCCCUCGGAAGUCGAGGACGGGGUCUUUCGGUACCUCAGUAACGAGAUUUUGAAAGUGUUAAGGGAAUAAGUAGGAGGAACUGGUUUGAAAAGCAAUAUCUCAGUUUAUGUUUAUCUGUCUUGGGAUGCCUGAUUCUCAUUAACAGGUGUGAAAAGCUUUGGAGGAUGGGAGAGGACAAGAGCAUAGACGUGUCAGUCUCACAAAGUAAUCUAAGCCUAUAACUGGCGUUGGCCGUGUAGCGUAAUGGUUAACGCGCUAGUUUCCGGUAUUGUGGACAUACAUCCAAGCUAGAGAUUCCGAGUUCGAGUCUCGGCAUGGUCGAGUACACUUUUCUUAUUUUCCUUGCAAAUGAGUAUUGCUUGUGGGGUACGUGUCACAUAAGUUCCGUGGGUUUUUCCGCGCUACUGUGCAAGUUCAAAUUUUUUUCCGCUUAAUUUGCAUACAUUUGAUUAUAAUCCAGGGUGUUCAUUGAGUCCGGCGUCAGCCUGAGCAAAGUUUCUUCAUAUCUACGCUCCGCACAUCUACAAUAAAUAAUUUCCUCGAUCUCGUUGAAGCCAG